AUGGGCCCAGCAAUGCCUUGAUGGAGUAUGGGCCAGAUUUUAGGAUUCUCCCACUGCCAGGAAUAUGGCUCUGUGGCGUCCACUCCGGACUCAACGCCUCCGUGCACUGACGGUGGAAAUGAGGAGUCUGAGAUGUAUGAGCUGCAAACAGCCAGGGAGUGGUCUGAUGAUGACGAGGAGGGAGAUGGAGACCCAGAUGAUGAUGAGGGACUGGCUUCAUCCCCGUCCAUCUGGGGCACGCCACGUCAGAACUCCUUUGAGCUGACUUUCUCCUACAUCGCCAUCGCUGAUGCCGAGGCCGUUGGAGCCUCACGACAUCACCGUGACAGACGCAGGGGCGGCUCUCGGGGAAGUCGAACUUCUCUAAUGCGCACAGACACCCUGGAAACACUGUUGGACUCCCCCGAUGUAGAUUGGGAUCCCCAGGCCUUUCUCAGUCGAGAGGAAGAAGAGGAAACAUCAGAAAGGAGAGUGCAGGAGAGGGCAGAGGCAAGGACAGUGAGGACAGUGAGGACAGCAAGCCCAGCAGCGAGGAGGGAGCUGUACAGACAAACUCAGACUAUUACAAUUCAGCCCUCUCCCCAAAUCGUGGACCCAGAAACUCAGGGGAGAGAUGCAGGAAUCCAAAGAGAGGAAAGCAGUCUAACACAGACUGUCCAGCCUCCCUCUCCAUCCCCAUCGUCCCAGCAACAGAUACUUCAGGCAGCAGCAACAGCCUCACCAACCCCCGAGUCAGAGUCUCCCGUCACCACAGAAACCAUUUCAGUCAAGCUGCUCACAUCUGUGCGACCACGAGACCCUUCAUCCACAUCGCCGGCUGCCAUCGGCCUAAACUCUCAGGAACAGCUGGUCAGCGAUCACUGGUUCUCAGCUCUUAACUUAUCAGAGGACCCGACAGUAUGCACCCACAUAGCAGUGAUGGACCUGAUCUACUGGAAGGACACGGAGAGAACAGGCAUGGUGCUAACAGGGUUAGUCGUGGGCCUGCUGUCCCUGUUCCAGCUCAGCAUCAUCACUGUGGUCUCCACAGUCUCCCUGGCUGUCAUGUGCUUCACCAUCUCAGUGCGCAUCUACUACCAAGUCCUGCACAUCCUCAGCUGGGGCGAUGGAGAACACCCCUUCAAGUCAUACUUGGACCUGGACAUCAGUUUGGUUGGAGAGCAUGCUGAUCACCACAUGCAGAAAACCAUGGUUAUGAUUCUGUCUGCCAUCGACAGUCUGAAGAACCUCUUUUUUGUUGGAAACCUCUUUGAAUCCUUAAAGCUCCUGGUUCUGAUGUACCUUGUGACGUAUCUGGGAGACCUGUGCAAUGGCCUUACUCUGCUCAUUAUCAGUGUGAUCGCUCUCUUUUCUCUGCCACUUUUCUACAGACAACGUCAGGAGCAGGUAGACGGCUUCAUUGCAAAAAUCCAGGCCAAAAUCUACAACGUCAAAGACAUUCUGCAAAGACUCGCCCAGGGCGGCGGCCCUCCUCCUGACCCAACCCCUGGUGGCGCCAAACCCAAAUCCCAGUAAACACUCAUGGACAAGAAUUAAAAGAGAAGUUACAGGCUGUCACUCCGAUGUCUUACCCAGCAGUCUGCACUCAGAGCUCCAGAGACUGGGGAAGAGAUGGGACGUUAAACUUAAACAGACAACGAUGAUGGGGAUUACGCAUGGUACUUAAUACGCUAACUGUAUCUAAGUUAUGGGGUUAAGAGGUGGGGGUUGGGUUAAUUCUUAAUAAACGGUGAAAUCAAGGUGUAUGAAUGCAGGAUGCGACUGUUGCCGCUCACAUCAGAGAUGGAAACAUUUAAUGAUGCAUCUCAUGAUGUGUGACCACCUUUGUUCACUAUUUUUAAUAUCUAAAAAUGACUUGUGAAGUGUUAGUUGAAAGCUGUAGUCCAAAUGAGGUACUAAGACCAGAAAUGGGAAGUUCCCACACUGACAGCUACACACCUGAGAAAAGGGAAUUUAGUUGUUAAUGUGAUUUAUCUGAGUGGACAAAAACAAAAAACAAAACAAAAAACAGGGGUCAUCAUUAUUCAUGGCAGCAUACAAUUGGCAAUUAGGAUGCAUGUGUCUAUGCGACUGCACAUGUACAUUUCUGAAUGCAUAUUCAUUCUCAUGACUGUUUUAUCUGUGUGUGUGCAAGUAUGAGAUGAGUGCGUGUGUGUGUGUGUGCGUCUAAUUCCUGACAUACAGCUUUGCGGAAAUGAAACUGUUAACUACAAGCAAUUAAAGUCACAUUUCUUCUUUA